AUGUGGCCGCCAGUCGACGUUCGCAGUCUAACCGCCGAAUCUUUGGGACGCGCGUCGCUCAUUCUAGCUGUCGAUUUGCUCCUUCUGGUCACAUCGAUUCUGAACAUCUUUAUCAUCGCGUUCACCCCAGAUCUAUCUGACGUCAUCGGAUGUUAUUUGAUAUCCCUCUCCGUGGCGGACCUGCUGACGGCUCUCUUUGUCAUCCCACUCAGCAUCUAUUCCACUCUCGAAGGAACAUGGAGAAUCGGCGGCGACAAUUCGAUGAUUUGCAAAAGUGCAGCAUACCUCCAAAUUGCACUUCUCUGCUCGACCAUUUACACAUUUGCAUGGAUAUGUAUCGAUAGAUAUUCGGCAAUGAUGAAACCAUCACGAUAUAGUGAGCAAUCAUUAACAAGGUGCAAAUGUUGGAUUAUAUUCAGUUGGCUUACAUCAAUGCUUCUUUGCUGCCCAAUUAUCGUGGCAAGAAUGCAGGUUGUCUUCUACCCUGAUGCACAACUCUGUGUUCUGGAUUGGUCAGCAACAUCGGCGUAUAGUGUUACUCUCCUUUUACUAGUCUUCGUGCCUACAUUAGUAACAGUGUUCAAUACAGGUUGGAAAAUUUGGUCAGCGAUUAGGAAUCCGGGAGUGCUUGAUGACAGUCAGAGAAAUGUGGUAGAAACUGAUCCGAAUUUUGUGCUGACUGGAUUUUUAUUUGUCACAUUCUUCUUAUCAUGGCUGCCUUUAAUCACUUUGAAGUUGUUGGAAUUAAUUUGGGGACCGUUCGACAUGGAUCUGUCUAUGGUAACAUUCUUCUUCGUAUGGCUAGCUGUGUCAGGACCAUGUUGCAAGUUCCUCAUCUACAUGUUCACAAAUCAUCAGUUCAGAAGUUCCUUCCUAACCUACAUUUCAUGCACAAUGUGUUGCGCGAGGCGGAGUCGCUACGAAUAUCAUGACAUAGGCAACAAUUCCUUCCUCUGA